GUGAAGCUUGCGUGUCGUUUUGCCGGAAGCUUCCAAACAUUCCCAGCGCAGCAGAGAUGGCAGAUGUUCACGUACGAAUAUGCGAGCAAGAAAUUAUUAAGUAUGAUUUGGAGAUAAAAGCCCUGAUUCAGGACAUCAGUGAAUGCACAGGGCCACAGAGUGAGCUGACAGAGCUGAACUGCAACAUGAAGGACAGGUUCAGUCGUCUCCGGCAGCGGAUCCAGGUGAGCUACAAAAGCAUGGCUUUAGGGAAAAUGGGAUUCUCUUCUCAGGUUAUGGACCCAUUUUUACAGAACUUCUCUCAACAGGAUCUGGAGCAAAUGGGGAGGGAACAGGAUAAAGAAUCUGACAAGCUGGCCUUACUCAAAGAGGUGGAGGCCCAUCGUAAACAGAUGCUUAGUAACCAAACGGCAUGGAGGAAGGCCAAUCUGGCCAGUAACCUGGCCAUUGAUAAGCUGGAGAAAGAAGAAUUGUUGAACGAUGGGGACACUACAGCGAGACAAAGAAAGCUGACCAAAGAGAGCCUGGCUCAGACAUCCAGUGAUAUCACAGAGAGCCUGAUGAGCAUCAGCAGGAUGAUGUCCCAACAGGUGAAGCAGAGUGAGGAGACCAUAAGCACUCUGGCCACGUCUUCAAGAACGGUGCUGGAAACCAAUGAAGAGUUUAAGACCAUGACUGGGACCAUACAGCUGGGCAGAAAACUCAUCACCAAAUACAACCGACGAGAACUUACAGACAAGCUGCUCAUCUUCCUAGCACUGGCACUCUUUCUGGCCACUGUCCUGUAUAUUCUGAAGAAAAGACUUUUCCCUUUCCUCUGACCAGACUGACAUAAACGCUGAUCAGGAACAUUAGCUGUGACCUGAUGGCGAUCUGUGAAUUGCUGGAUCAGCUUCAACACUAUGUUAUGACUUUCUAGGCGCAGAUUAUAGAAAAACUGUACUGAAUUUCUUUGGCAGUGGAUAGUUGCCAUUAAAAAAUGAAGUCUUUGUCUAGGCCUAGUCUUAAUCUGUAGCUGUGGAAAGCACUGGUGCAGUUUUUAAUGAUGGAAAUGCACUUUAAACCAAAGUGCAAGUAGCUGACUGCAGACUUUGAAUAAUUUGUAACAUAAUCUGCCAAGAAAUUGACUCAUUACAUUUAUUUUACGUUCCGGUCCUAAAAUCUGAUUGGCUGAGCCACGUUCAGAGCUGUUGUAAAAUCCACAAUAUCUGCACACCUAUGACCACCUAAUUGUGUAUUACUGUGCCACGGCACAAAAAAUACUCUCAUACUGGGUGUGUUGAUAAAAAGCUGUUUGUUUAAACCGAGGGGCUGGUCAGCGAACUAACAGACUAAAAGACAGUAUGAAAGUCUAAAGAAUGUCACUUGAAUAGGUUACAUACUUCAAAUGUUUGUGUUUCAAUCAGAAGUAGCGUCAAAGCCAGGCUGAAUCCCAAAUGGCUCCAUACUCCCUAAAUAGUGUGCUAUGGAAGUGUGGGAAUUCUAACCUCUACAGCCAUAUAGUGCAUCAUUUAUCGAGUAUGGAUGUGACUGAAUCCCAUAUGGCUAUUUAUUCGCUGUUGGGGUGCAGGACCCAGUGUUUAAAUUUCUACAUAGUGCACAAUGUAGGACGCAGGGAGCCAUUUGGGAUUCAGCCCCAGCGUGAGAAGAAGGGAGCUGCUGGAUUGGUGCUAAUUAAGACUGGUGGUGAUUAUUUGGUGACCAAAAAGUUCUUACAGAGUGAAAGUUUUUGCUUUGAACAGUGCUGUAUUAUCAUAUGCGUGUUGUUAUAUGACAAAAAGUUGAUUGCAUGAAAUGACAACGUACAGCAAUGGGCGACCGAAUGUUCAGCAGUCCAUCGUUGUUUAACAGAUACCAUAUGUUAAAGGAACUACUUUUCUUGGCAGAAUGCUUGUUUAUGUCGAUUAUUAAUAAUAACUCAAAUUAUUUACUCAUAAAUUGUGUAGAUUAUGAAAUCUCAGUAAAGCACAGCCUCUCGUGGCUUGGUGCUUUAUUAUUCCAUUCUAAACAGGCUACAACUGAUGUUUAAUCAUCGCCUGUCAUUCUACCAUUCGUUUUGUUAAAGAGGUCUGAAAGUCUUCAAGGUGUAUAUUGUCCCUACGCGUAAAAACACUAUAAAAUAAAUAUUGCAGUCCUGUG